UUGGGGUUGGUUUUUUUUUCUUUCCAUUAGUUUUUUGGGGGGGUGAUACUGAAAACAGUAUAUAUUUAUUAUUUGGGGCAUCUUUAAAACCCUUAUUCUAUUUUCAAUCUUUUCUAAUUCUAAUUAUACAUUUGUUUAUUUUUUCUAUUUUCAAUCUUUUCUAAUUCUAAUUAUAUAUUUGUUUAUUUAUUCUAUUUUCAAUCUUUUCUAAUUCUAAUUAUACAUUUGUUUAUUUCUUCUGUCUUUGUUUGACAGUAUUAUGCUUUGUAUGCCAGACAACUUGCAAGGCACAUUUCCAAAUAUUUCCGAUCAAAAGUUUUGGACCGUGUCCGUUCAUAUAGGAAGUUGUUCCGGCAUCCCUGCCGAAAGUGGAGGAUCUGACGCAUCAACACAGGUUUCAGUUUGGAGUUUAGAUGAUAAUUAAAACAAUCUAAGGUGAGCACGGGAUAGAAAUUGGCUGGUGAGGUGUCUACAUAGAAGGGAGUGCAGAGAUGUCGCUCAGUGCGAGCGCCGACGAGAAAAAUGGCACAUCUACCUUGUCAACAGAUGACAUUCUGAAAUCAACAGGGAAUGACGAGCUGAAGUUUGGUCUGUUGAUUAGUCUCUUGAAGGUGGACCAGGCCCCGAACAAAGAUGUUGUGGACACAGUGCUGCAUCUGUUGGUGGGUGGCGAGUUUGACAUCGAGACGAAUUUCAUCAUUCAGGAGCCCCAGAACAUCAUUCACAUGUUACAAGUCUUCUCCAGCUGUUCAGUGACGCUACAGGCAGAAAUAUGGAGUGUAUUUACUGCAAUGUUAAAAAAGAGUCGUCGGAACUUACAAGCCUGUACAGAGGUUUGUCUGAUCGAACACGCCCUCAAUUUGAUGAAGGAUGCAGACGAUGUUAUUGCAGAUCUGCUGGUGGACAUGUUGUCAACCUUGGCCAGUUACAGCAUCACAGUGCGAGAACUUAAAAUGUUGUUCGCCAUCUUACAAGCCUCAGAGGGACAAUGGCAAAAACAUGCAGUGAAGUUACUAUCAGUCCUACAAGUGAUGCCGCAGAGAGAGGGACCCGAUGAGUUUUUCAGUUUCCCAGGAAAAAAAGGAUCGUUUAUCGCCCUUCCUCCUAUAAAAACCUGGCCGUACCAGAAUGGUUGGACCUUCACUUGUUGGUUACGACUGGACCCGGUCACUGGGGUGACAGUGGAGAGGGAAAAACCUUACCUAUACUGUUUUAAAACCAAUAAAGGUGUUGGAUAUUCUGCACAUUUCCUUGGCAACUCUCUGGUCAUCACAACCAUGAAAAUUAAAGGCAAAGGCUUCCAGCACUGCGUCAAAUACGACUUCCAACCCAGAAAGUGGUACAUGGUAACUGUGGUGCAUGUGUAUAACAGAUGGAGUAAAUCGGAACUGCGAUGUUACGUCAAUGGAGAGAUAGUGUCCAGCACUGACAUCUCAUGGCUCGUCAGCACUAGUGAUCCAUUUGACAAAUGUUUCCUUGGGGCCAGUUCGGAGGGUGAAACAGAUCACAUGUUCUGUGGUCAGAUGUCCACUGUGUAUCUAUUCAGUGAGUCCCUCACACCCCAACAAAUAUCAGCUAUAUAUUAUCUGGGACCAAGUUACAAGAGCCAGUUUCGCUUUGACAAUGAAAGCGGUCUGGGUACAGUGGUGGUAAACAAACGACUGCUGUAUGAUGGGAAGCUGACCUCCUUAAUAGUGUUUAUGUACAACCCCAUCGCGUGUGAUGGUCAGCUCUGUCUGGAAUCAGCACCGAAAGGAAACAUCUCCUACUUCGUCCACGUUCAGCAUGCUCUCAUGUCGGGGGAAGUAAAGGCUGUGAUUACACACUCCAUCUAUAGCACACUUCACUCCCUGGGAGGCAUACAGGUUGUGUUUCCCCUCUUUGGCCAACUAGACAUGCCAGUGAGGAAGGGAGAUAACUCAUCCAUUGGAGUGGAUUACACUAUAUGUUCAAAGUUGAUGGGCAUCUUGUGCAGUUUGAUGGAAAGCUCUGUCACUAUACAACAACAGAUGAUGCAGAAUCGAGGAUUCCUGGUCAUCGGGUACCAGUUAGAGAAGGCCAACAGAGAACAUGUGACUCCAGAUGUUCUUGAGACUUUCCUACGGUUGACCCAGUACCUAGUGGCCUUACCAACAGGGAGCGUUAUUCUUAAACACCUGUUCGAUCACAUCCUGUUCAACCCUGCCCUCUGGAUCCACUCUAGUGUAGAGGUUCAGACCAAACUCUAUUGUUACUUGGCAACAGAGUUCAUAAACAAUGCACAAAUUUAUAACAACAUUCGACGAGUAAGCGCAGUGCUCCAGACGAUGCACACUCUGAAGCUGUACUACUGGGUGGUGAACCCUGCCGCCCGGAGUGGAGUGGUCCCAAAGGGAGCAGAUGGCCCUCGACCAAACUAUGAUGAGAUUGUGAAGCUGAGAUCGUUCAUGCUGAUGUAUUUGAAGCAGUUGCUAUUGAAGGGGGCUGGGGUCCAGGAAGAUGAACUUCAGAGCAUUCUAAAUUACCUCUCCACACUGCAUGAGGAUGACAAUUUGAUGGAUGUCCUAAAGCUAGCCGUAGAGCUGAUGGCAGAACACCCUAUGUCGAUGGUGCCGACUUUUGAUAAGAAAGGCGGAAUUAGGACAAUUUUUAAGUUGCUGGCGUCCCCAUCAGAAGAGUUAAGGAUCCAGUCCCUAAAGCUGCUGGGCUUCUGGCUAAUGAGGAGUACACACAAGAGAAAAUCGGAUUCCUUGGGACCACACAACUUGUUUUCCUUAAUUGGAGAACGCCUGAUGCUGAAUGAAUCCACAAUAACAAUGCCUAUAUACAAUGUCCUGUUUGAACUGUUAACAGAAAGAAUGACCCUGGAAACCUGCACAAAGAAACACACGGAGCCAGAGUCCGUGUUUAAAAUUGAAAAUUCAGCUAUACUGAAGGUGGUGGCGACCAUGAUCCGCCAGUCGAAGGUCAGCCCGGUGGUUAUGGAAGUGAAACGCUGUUUCCUGUCUGACCUCACCAUAUUGUGUAACAAUAACCGGGAAAACAGAAGAACUUUGCUGCAGAUGUCGGUUUGGCAGGACUGGCUGUUCUCUCUAGCAUACAUCUACCCCCAUAAUGAGGAGGAGCAGAAGAUUACAGACAUGGUGAUGGCUUUGUUCAGAAUGCUGCUCCAUCAUGCUAUCAAGUUUGAGUUUGGAGGAUGGAGAGUGUGGAUAGAUACUUUAGCAAUUCUACACUCAAAGGUUGCCUAUGAAGAUUUCAAAAUUCAUAUGUCAAAGAUGUAUGACCAUUAUGUCAAGGUCAAAACUGAUGACAUUGACCCUAGAGAACGAGAUCAACAUCCUGUCAGUACAGUGUCUGGGGUGUCAGACAGAGUCUUGAGUAGACCGAUACCCAAAAGCACUGUCAAGGUGGCAGAGAUCCCAGAGGAGAAUGAGGACACUGAGGACUCGAAUGUCAACAAUUUUGGUAAACUGACCAAUGGUGAAGUGUCUGAAACCAGUGAGGGUGAUUCGGGCAGUGGGGUCAGACAGUUUUUAGAGGACAUUAUCAACGAUGUUGUCCAACAAGUAGAAUCGAAGAAACCACAGGCAGAGGCUGCUGAACCACAACAGGAAGUGAGAGAAGUGGAGCCGUCUGAAAGUCGUCCGACUGUGAGGAGGUCGGCUUCCCUCGACAGACCCAGACCAGCAGAGAUGAGGCAGUAUCCCACACGCUCACAGUCGUUUAGAGAGGGAGGAACAAAAAUGUUCAACACUGGUCCUCGAGCUCCUCCCUUCAGAAUCCCGGAGUUUAGAUGGUCCUUCCUACACCAGAAACUUUUGUCUGAUCUAUUGUUCUCAAUAGAAACUGAUGUACAAGUCUGGAAAAGUAACAGCUCCAGGACCGUGAUCGACUUUGUGAAUGCCAGUGAGAACCAUGUCUAUGUAGUAAAUGUCACCCACAUGAUUUCACAGCUGGCUGACAACCUGAUAACGUCCUGUGGAGGGUUACUCCCCCUUUUGGCAGCUGCUACCUCACCCAAUGGAGAGGUGGAGAUUCUGGAACCUACCCAGGGCCUCAGUAUUGAACAGGCUGUUUCCAUCCUGCAGAGGGUCAUGAAUCUGACUGAUAUCCUUGUGUUUGCCAGCUCUACUAACUUUGCUGAGUUGGAACAGGAAAAGAACAUGCCUGCUGGAGGAAUCCUACGACAGUGCCUCAGACUGGUAUGCACAGCAGCUGUGAGAAACUGCCUGGAGUGCCGUCACCGAUCAAAUCUUAGAUCCCCUCCUAAUACUCCCGCAGCCUCCCCAUCCAGUAGUAUGAGAGGAUCCAAGAAUUUCAAUGGAAUGGACCCCAUACAAGCUCUUAUCAUGGCCUCUCAUCCCACAGAAAAGAAUAUUGUGGAGAAUCUGAAUGAGCAGGCCUCCCCAAUCAGAGACUUUGAAAAGCUUCUGCAGGACACGGAUAUUAAUAGACUGCGGGCAGUCGUCUACAGAGAUGUGGAAGAGACCAAACAGGCCCAGUUCUUGGCCCUGGCCAUCGUGUAUUUCACCUCUGUGUUGAUGGUGUCGAAGUACCGGGACAUCCUGGAGCCCCCCAGCCCAGCCGCUACCCCCACCUCCCAUAGAAUGUCCAUCAACUCCCCCUCAGCCUCAACCAUUUUACAAAACCUAAGACCACUCUUGGAAGGGACCCAAAAUGGGGAAGGUAAAUCAUAUCUACAAAGUAGCAAGCCAGACCAGGUCGAAAAUGGAGCCAGAUCUGGUACUGAGGGAGAAAACUUAGAUGGAGAGCUGACCCACGACCACAAACUGCUGGACCGGGCUGCUUACGAAGCGAUUGUAGCUGAAGACGAGGGAGAUAAAAGUGUGCUGGCCGAGAUGUUGAGUGGCAGUCGGAGUCAGUACGAUGAUAUCUUAGAAGAAACCCAAACAACUGAAACUGAAUCCGACUCCCUCACUCAUACAAACACUGACACAGGGUCCCUGGAGAACGGGGCUCCUGACGGGAAGAAAGAUGAGGAAUUUGACAGUGGGGACAUCACCAGUGAUGGAGAUAUAUCAAGGGAGGUAAUGGAUGGGGAAGAGGCCUCAGCUGAAAGAAGCAUGGAAGAAUCUCCGAAAAUGAAAAUCAAAGCAGACAUCCAUAUCACAGACACUACAGAUGAAGAUUCAGCAACGAGAUCAGCUACUCCUGGUAGUGAGGACCUGGACAAAAGUGCUGACUCAGCACAGUUGGAGGAAGGAGGAGAACAUGAGGAAGUGAAGAAGAAAACACAGGAUCAGGAAGUAAAACAUGAGGAGCCAGAUGGAGAGGAAGCUAAGGACCAGGCCGCUGGGGAACCUGUCAAAUCAAAAGAGGAAAACAGGGAAGAUGUGGUUGAAGACAAAGAGGAAACUGGAGAUAGGAAGGAGGAGGCAGAGGCUGUAGGAAAAGAGGAAGCAGAGGCUGCAGGAAAAGAGGAAGUAGAGGCUGCAGGAAAAGAGGAAGUAGAGGCUGCAGGAAAAGAGGAAGUAGAAGCUGCAGGAAAAGAGGAAGUAGAGGCUGCAGGAAAAGAGGAGGCAGAAGCUGCAGAAACUCCUUCUGAGGAGGCAAAUCCAGAUGAAACAAAGGAGGAGCACACACAAAAGGAACAAGAGAUAGUUAAUGAAGAUAAACCAGUUGUAACAACAGAAAAUGGAGAGAUUCAAGAAAAUCACACAGAAGAAAAAUCGCCAGAGGAACAGACAUUGGAGUCGCCUGCUAGUGCUGAUGUCCAGGAGGACCAUAAGGAAGAUGAAGGCAAAAAGGCAGAGGCCAACAGACCCAUCGCUGCCAUAUCAGUGACAAACAAGGAGGAGAGACCUAAGCUGGAGAGGCUGCAGAUGCCGGAUAAGAUUCACGAUGGCCUGACUAACCUGCCAGCGGUGGUUGGAGAGCCGACGGGAUCCCUGACAGAGAGGCUGGAGAAAGCCUUGGGGUCAGUCUCACCACUGCUUAGAGAAAUCUUUGUGGAUUUUGCUCCUUUCUUGUCGAAGACACUGAUUGGCUCUCAUGGUCAGGAAUUGCUUAUUGGAGGUCUAGUGACUCUGAAACAGAGUACCUCUGUGGUGGAACUAGUCAUGCUGCUGUGUUCUCAGGAAUGGCAGAAUUCACUGCAGAAACAUGCCGGACUUGCCUUUAUAGAACUAGUUAAUGAAGGAAGGUUACUAGCACAUGCUACAAGAGACCACAUUGUAAGGGUGGCAAAUGAAGCCGAGUUUAUUCUGAACAGAAUGCGGGCAGAAGAUGUACAGAAGCAUGCAGAGUUUGAGUCUCUGUGUGCCCAGACCAUGCUGGACAGGAAGGAAGAAGAGAAGAUGUGUGACCACUUAAUCAAAGCGGCCAAACGGCGAGACCACUCAGUAGCCAUUAAAAGCCGUGACAAAAUACUCAACAUCCUCACCAAUAAACACGGGGCCUGGGGUGAACCUCAGGGUGAAAAUGACAGCGACUUUUGGAGAUUGGAUAUUUGGGAGGAUGAUUCCAGACGAAGAAGACGGCUGAUUAAGAACGGAUAUGGAUCCAGGCAUGCUGAGGCCACGCUGAAGGCCGCGUUAGAGCAUGGUGAAAAUGAAGAUGCCAUUAACCAGGCGAGGGAGGCCUUCCAUGCCCACCUGGCCACAGUCAAAAGGUCACAAGUUCAACCGGAUUACACCGAUGAGGAACUGCUGAUGGAGGAGAGAGACAUGGACCAGGAAUUUGCUGGUCCAGUAGCUGUAUCUACAUCCUGUAAGCUAAUAGCACCGGGGGCAGCCAUCAGUGGAACCAUGUCCGUUACCAAAACAGAAAUGUAUUUUGAAAUGGAUGAAGAAAGUGAAGACAACAAGAAGCUUGAUCCUCAGGUGUUGUCUUAUGUGGAGCAUGUUCAUGGGAAAUGGCACUUCAACGAAAUACGGGCAAUCUUCUCCCGACUGUAUCUGCUGCAGAGUGUGGCAAUCGAAAUCUUCAUGGCAAACAGGACGGCUGUUAUGUUCGCCUUCCCAGACCAUGCAACAGUCAAGAGAGUUGUCAAUGCCUUGCCUCGAGUUGGAGUGGGGGUCAAAUAUGGCUUACCACAGGCCAGGAGGAUGUCCUUAGCAUCAGGAAAACAGUUGUAUAAAUUGUCCAGUAUGACCCAGAAAUGGCAGAGGAGGGAAAUAUCAAACUUUGAUUAUCUCAUGUACCUCAACACCAUAGCAGGUCGUACCUACAAUGAUUUGAACCAAUAUCCCGUGUAUCCUUGGGUGAUUGUAAACUAUGACUCAGAUGAAUUAGAUUUGAAACAACCUAGUAACUUUAGAGAUCUGUCAAAACCAAUAGGUGCUCUGAAUCCCACCCGAAGGGAAUUUUUUGAAGAGCGCUACAAUUCAUGGGAACAUGAUCAAAUUCCGCCAUUUCAUUACGGCACUCAUUACUCGACGGCAGCAUUUACCCUCAACUGGCUCAUUAGAGUGGAGCCAUUCUCUACAAUGUUUUUGAAUCUUCAAGGAGGUAAAUUUGACCAUGCAAACCGAACCUUUAGUUCUAUAACACAGUCGUGGAAGAAUUGUCAGCGGGACACGUCUGAUGUCAAGGAACUCAUCCCAGAAUUCUUCUUCCUCCCAGAAAUGUUCAUCAAUCAAAACAGGUAUAAGUUUGGUAAACAGGAGGAUGGCGCAGAAGUUGGUGAUGUAGAAAUGCCCCCAUGGGCAAAGAACCCAGAUGAUUUUGUCCGAAUUAACAGAAUGGCCUUGGAAUCAGAAUUUGUUUCCUGUCAGCUCCACCACUGGAUAGACCUGAUAUUUGGCUACAAACAAAGGGGUCCUGAAGCAGUGAGGUCCACCAAUGUUUUCUACUAUCUUACUUAUGAGGGAAGUGUCAACUUGGAGAGCAUGACAGACCCAGUCAUGAAAGAGGCGAUAGAAAACCAGAUUCGCAGUUUUGGACAAACCCCCACCCAACUCCUGACUGAGCCCCACCCACCUCGAAGUUCUCUGAUGCACCUGAUGUCUGAGCGGUAUCAGGAGAAUAAACUCAGAGGGAGAAAGACUCCGAUGAUGUUCUCGACUGUCCAGGACGAUGUAUGUAUGAUCAUGAAGUUCCUGUCCAACUCUCCAGUCAUUCACAUCGCCGCUAACACCCACCCGGCGGUCCCCGUCCCCGCAGUCACAACCAUCACCUGUAACCACAACUUCGCUAUCAACAAAUGGAACACUGGUUAUCAGCAGCAAGGUCCUCCCACCAGCUUCUCCUCUGACAAGCCUGACCCCCAGUUAAACCUCCCCCUGGCUAUGGACCAUUUACUAGUGACAAACACCGGUCUGCAGCGACGAUCCAUGGGAGAUAACUUUGAUGAAAGAUUAAAACCCACGCAUCAGAGCUUUAUCACUUCAGGAGACAACCGAUUCAUCUUUGCCUGUGGAUUUUGGGACAAGAGCUUUAGAAUUUUCAGCGCUGACUCAGGAAAGAUCCUCCAAGUGGUGUAUGGGCACUUUGAUGUGGUGACAUGCAUCACACGGUCUGAGUGUAACUUAAAUCAGGACUGCUACAUUGUCACCGGAUCUAAAGACUGUACAGCAAUGGUGUGGAUGUUUACUUCUCGCAAUCAGGCCAUCAUAGGGGACAAUGGAAGUUUGGAGUUCCCGACCCCCAAGGCCACUUUGACUGGACACGAUUCUGAAGUGAUCUGUGUUGCUGUUCUGGCAGAACUGGGCCUAGUACUAAGUGGAUCCAGAGAUGGAGCUUGUUUGGUCCACUCCUUGAAUGGGGACCUUCUGCGAUCCCUGGACCCACCCAAAGGAUGCCUGUCCCCAGAGCUGAUCAUCCUGUCCAGGGAGGGGUUUGUACUGGUCAAGUUUGAUCAGGGACACAUAUGCAACUUCAGCAUCAAUGGACGCCUUCUACAGAAUGUCAACCACAGGGAUGUAAUACAUACCAUGAUACUGAGUCGGGAUGGGCAGUACAUGAUGCUUGGUGGUAACUCCGGGAUUGUAGAAGUCUGGAGGUCACAUGACCUGACCCUUCUCUAUACAUAUCCCCCAUGUGAUAGCAGCAUCCGAUCACUGGCCUUAACCCACGACCACAAGUUCUUGCUGGCAGGACUUGGUACGGGGUGUUUACUGGUCUUUAACAUUGACUUUAACAAGUGGCACCACGAGUACCAGGAGAAGUACUAACGUUCCCGAGACUAGUCGUUCUACAUUCCAGAAGUGUGAUAUCAGCAGGCUGCCAUAACACACACACACACACACACUAGCUUUAUGUCUCUCUCUUUAGAAACUGUUGCAGUGCAAUUUCUUCAUUCUAGAUCUAAUCUGUGCAAUGCUGACUAUGAUUCAUAGUCCAUAAAGUUGAAGUGGUUUCAAACAUUUUUUUUUUUUACCGUAGUAGAACAUAAGAUAUUAAGUAGAACUUUGGGUGUGAUGUGUGAGAAAGAGUCUGUGAUAGAUUAUAGAAAUAUUUAUUUCAAUAUGAACAACAUUUUCUAUAUUUUCACAAAUGCAGUGAAAAACUAAAACUUAAUUUAAUUUUAGAAAUAUGCUUGCAGUGUGUGCGUACACAUACUAACACACACACACACACACAAAUACAUAUUUAGGAACAUUCCAUUGAUGAUAAACUGUGUGAUAUAGUGUUUUUCUCCACUUGGAGGAGAAUAUUGUUUAGAAAUAGUUUCAGUUCUAAACUGAAUGCAGUGCAUAUUUGUUACCAAAAAGAGACAGUUUGCUGUAAUUUAUCAUAUUUUAUUUUCCAUACAUUGUAUUCACAAAUAUUAUACAUAUAAAUGUUUUCCUGCAAGUGCUUCUGUAUUUAAUAUCUGUAUCCGAGAACUUCUAAUGUAGCAGUUUAACUGAUCAGAGUGAAUUUUUUUUUUUAAAAAACACGUUUUUUUUGCGGUGUGAAUAUUUCUGUUUGACUAGAUUUAUUGAAGUGACGAACAUUGAUGAGCGAUAGGAGAUACCCUGUAGACAUAUCAUUAUCAUCCCUCAUGGCGUGUUCGGUUGUGUAUUUGGUCACUCUUCUUUCAUUGUCAGCUUGAUUAUAUUGUGUAUUAUGCGGGAUUAAUAGAGGAACUGCAAUGUUAUAAAUAGAACUAUACUAGAUUCGUAAGGGGAGCUGCGAUUUGUAAUUAAUAGAACUGUUUGUAAGGGGAAUUGAAAUUUGUUGAAUAUUAGCCAAUAAAGUACAACAUGGAU